AUGGCCUCCGGUUUCUCAUUGCAGAUGGUCCAAAGCCCUCACCUCACUUUCCAGGGUCAAGAUGUUUCAAAUGCGCAUAGGCUACAUAUGAUAAAUUCAUGGUCAGGUUACUCCCAAACUCGAACUUUGAACUCACCUGGAAGAGCCUUAACAUUGAAAUUAAACUAUGUAUCAAGUUUCCCUGUUACCCAACUUUCUAAAUCUCCUUCCUUUAAAUACCGGAGAAUGGUGUGCAACUCCAUGGCAAAUGAUGUAGAGUUGCAAGCAAAAGUGACAACCAAGUGUUUCUUUGAUGUUGAAAUUGGUGGUGAACCUGUUGGUAGAAUUGUGAUGGGCCUUUUUGGGGAUGUUGUUCCAAGAACUGUUGAGAACUUCCGUGCCCUCUGCACAGGAGAGAACGGGUAUGGUUACAAAGGAUGCUCAUUUCACCGCAUUAUUAAAGAUUUCAUGAUCCAGGGUGGUGAUUUUACUAAUGGAAAUGGAACUGGUGGAAUCAGUAUUUAUGGAUCCAGGUUUGAAGAUGAGAGCUUGGCCUUGAAGCAUGUUGGACCCGGAGUAUUAAGCAUGGCCAAUGCAGGUCCUAAUACAAAUGGAAGCCAAUUCUUUAUUUGCACAGUAAAGACUCCAUGGCUGGAUAAUCGGCAUGUUGUUUUUGGACAUGUGAUUGAUGGAAUGGAUGUUGUGCGUGAACUAGAAUCCCAAGAGACAAGCAGGUCAGAUAGCCCUCGGUUGCCAUGCAGAAUUGUUAAUUGUGGGGAGCUACCAAUUGAGGGCUAAUAUCCUGUUCAUGUGAGAGAAUUUUGGAUGAUACACUGUAAGCUCUUGGCGGGGAUGUGCUAUUGUGCUUAAUCAUUUUUAGGGUGAAAGCUUG